AACACUUAAACAUUUCUUACCGCGUUCAUGUCCUAGUCGGAACUACAAAAUUCAGAAAUGUCCGACUAGCUAACUGGUUGAACGCGACACGUGUACAACUAACCUGUUAGCAAGUCGGAAGUUUUCUAGUUCCGACUAGCAGUGAACGCGGCAUCUGUCCUGAGUGUACGGUAGCGCCACAACAGAAUGUAGACCAAUGAAAACGGUGCCCGGUGAUGCUACGUUACAAUAAAUAAACGACUUCGCGGUGAGUGUUGCAUUGGCACAUGCGUCUGUUCAGGUGUCCAGUGAGAGUGCGUGUAGAGCUAGCUGAAUGAUGUCAAUGGUCUUGUUUGCCUCUGUGGUGCGGGUGGUGGACGGUCUACCCCUGUCUGCCUCCACAGACUAUGAGCAGGACAAAGGCCUUCAGGAAACCAAGAAGCAAGUCAAAGCACUGUCCAAGAAACUCAGCCAGUUCCCUGACCGGUGCACUCUGAAGGCUGGACAGUACAAUAUCAAUUUCACCUGCUGCCUGGGGGUGGGUUAUCUGAUGGUUUGUACAGAGAACUACCCCAACGUCCUGGCCUUCUGUUUCCUGGAUGAGCUGCAGAGGGAGUUUAUCGUCACGUACGACGCCAAGCGCGUCAACAGCGCUGUGAGGCCUUACUCCUUCAUCGAGUUGGACAACUUCAUCCAGAAGACGAAGCAGCGCUUCAACAGUCCCCGCUCCCUGUCCACUAAGAUCAACCUGGCUGACAUGCAAACAGAGAUCAAGCUUCGACCGCCCUACCAGCUGUCCCCUGAGGAACUAGGAUCCAUCAACGGCUUCUCUUACCACACCCCCUCCAAGUACAAGGGCAUAGCUCCCAGCCAGCAGCUUGAUCCUGUGACUCUACCUGGCAUCGUCUCCUGUGUGCUGAGCAUCCUCUGUGGAGGCCUCAAUCUACUCCGAGGGGUUCAUGCUAUAGAGAGCACCAUACAGAAUGACGACGAAGACUUGAAUUACGUGAUUGCCUUUUUCCUGGGCACAGCAGCCUGUCUGUAUCAGUGUUCCCUGUUUGCGUACUUCUCUGUGUGGAGGAACAGUAAGUCGUUCCUGGCCUUCGCCCUGAUCUGUCUGUCCAACAUGUACCUGUAUGAACUGAGGAACGUGUGGCAGAUCCUCUUCCACGUGACUGUAGGGGCCUUCAUGACACUACAGAUCAGACUGAGGCAGCCGCAGGGCAAAGCUCCGGACUACAACGUCUGACAAAAACUACAACCACGAGACUUGCAAUCAAAUAACAACAAGAAAUAAACAUAAACAACUUCAAUGUCUGACAAAACCCCACAAAGAUACUAAUUUACAACCAACCACCAACAACAACAACCAUGUCUAAGGCUGCGGAGAAAAGAGGCGACUCUGCUCCUGCGUUCUUUAUCAUGUUGCUUCCCCGCCACAGCCCAGACUCUCCCUGGCCCUGCCUCAAUCCCAUUGGAUGCUGAGCUCACUCUAGCAUGGCCUCAAAAUGAUGCGGCCCAAUAGGAUUAAUGGGCGGUGCCACUACAGCCAAAUUAUUAGUUAACUGGCUAAUAAUCUCAUAUGAAUAUGUUUGGGGUAAUAUCAGGAGUCUGAACAGGGUUUUCUGACUUAAAUUGAAAAUCUGGCAUCACAGACAUGUAUAAUUUUUUCGUUUAGUAGUUUAGCAGACGCUCUUAUCCAGAGCGACUUACAGGAGCAGUUAGUGUUAAGUGCCUUGCUAAAGGGCAUAU